AUGAGGCCGUCUGGGAUUUUAUUGAGUGCAAUCGGGAAGCAAAUCAAAUCCAUUGCCGUCGUGGGAGCCGGUCCCGUAGGUGCAGGGCUCACCAAAGCAUUGUUGCAUGAAAACAAAUUUGCCAGCAUCAAGGUUUUUGAAAAACGCAACAGUUUUGGAGGCGUAUGGAACUAUACCAAGCCCAUGUUCAAGACCAAAAACAUCACAUCUUGUCCGGAAAUUCCAUGUCAGACACCACAUGCACGUAACCAGCCCCAUGUGCAUGAAGAACACGGACUAGUAUUCCAAACACCGGUGUACAAAUAUUUGGACACUAACGUGCCCAAAUAUUUGAUGGAAUACGAUAAUCAACCGUUCCCUGCAAACGCACCACUUUUCCCGCUGCGAGACCAGGUUUGGGACUAUGUGGUGGAAUACUCGAAGAAAAUAGAAGAUCUCGUGGUCUUCAAUCGUGAAGUGGUCAAACUGCGCUACAACGACGAGGAUCAGAAAUAUGCGUUGUCCACGACCGAUUUGCUGACGGGUCAAUCCGAAACAGAAGAAUUCGAUGCUGUGGCUAUCGCCACGGGAUUUUACGACCUGCCGUUUGUGCCAGAACGUCCCGGGCUGAAAGAAUGGCACGAAUUGUUCCCAACAUCCGUCAUGCACGCUAAGGACUUUGACUGCCCAGAGGAUUUCGAAAAUACUGAAGGCGCCAUCGUUAUCAUCGGUAACAGCGCCUCAGGGUCAGACUUAGCGUUCGAACUAGCCACGCAUUUGAAAAGACCCAUUUAUAAAUCGAAAAGGUCUGAAUCUGCACUUCCCGCUGGUUAUGACUCCAAUAUCCGCGAAGUGCCUGAUAUUCUUAGAUUCGACACCAGCACCAAGUCAAUUGAGCUAGUUAAUGGCUCUAGAAUUGAAAAUGUCGAAAAGGUAAUCUACUGUACUGGAUACUUGAAGUCGCUGCCGUUUUUGCCCAAAUCCUCAGAAGUUCAAUCCCAAGGCGAUUCCGUUUUGAGCGGUCUUAUCACAGAUGGAACACGUUUGCACAACUUAUAUAACCAUAUCGUGCCCUACCAUCUGCCCACAGUCGGUAUCUUAGGAUUGCCAAAGUAUGUGCUUCCCACAAGGUUGAGUGAAACUCAAGGCGCCUGGCUAGCAAGAGUAUGGAGUGGACGUAUCCAGCUGCCGUCUCUAGAGGUUAUGAAAUAUUACGACAACUGGUUUGUCGAGAACAACGGCGACACUGGGAAGUAUCACGACUUGAAUUUUCCUAUGGACGUACAGUAUUCGCAGAGACUCAAUACAGAAAUUCGCCGCGCAGGCAAUGGUGGCUAUUUUGGUGUAGAGUGGACGGGAGAUCAGAUAAAGCUUAGAAGCUCAAUCAAGCCUUUGAAAGAGGGCUAUCUUGCAUAUUUCAAAGACACUGGCAAUAGAGCAAUGACCGUGGAGGAGUUGAUCGAGAAGGGCUAUUUUGAAUGGCCCCUGGACGCUUUGACAGCUGUUCAGGUGCCACAAGUGGCUCCAUAA